CAUGGAAUGCGCUACUCACACUGUGCAGUCCCCCACUUCUCACUGACUUACAUUUAUAGCUACACGAUAGGCGACCAUUGUUUUUCUUGCCCCCAAAUCACGACAGGCAUACACGGAAUUUCCAUCGACUUCUCACGCUAUUGGUGUGCCUACCUGGUGAGUGCAGUACAGGAUGUCGACCACACCAGACUUAACCACAGACUUCUACACGACCUUGGCUCCGUUGUUUUCGGAUGUGCCACAGUUAGACGCAUCACAGUCAAACAUAACGUCAUGUCAGCAAUGGGAGGAAGCCCAUCACCUGCUGUUCCACCUGGGAAACCUGUGUCUGCUCGCAGGUCUGGUUAUCCCGACUACUCUUGGACUGCACAUGAUUUUCCUGAGACUUCUGUUAAUGGCAGGGUGUAGUUUCUUCAUCGCCUGGGCAACGCUCUACCGAUGCACCUUGGACAUUAUGGGCUGGAACAUAGUCUUCCUCGUGGUCAACUUCAUGCACUUUUUCUUCCUCAUGUACAAACGCAGACCUAUUAAGAUUGAUAGGGAGCUGAGGUCUGUGUACAAGCGCAUGUUCGAGCCACUGCAUGUGCGGGAGGCUCUGUUCCAGAGACUGACGGGACAGUUCUGCACCAUCCAGACCCUAAAGAAGGGGCAGGUGUACGCAGCUGAGGACAAGACGUCCGUGGAUGAACGCCUCAGCAUCCUCCUCAAGGGAAAAAUGAAGGUGACCUAUCGUGGUCAUUUCCUUCACAACAUUUACACCAAUGCCUUCAUCGACUCCCCUGAGUUCCGGUCCACCCAGAUGCACAGAGGAGAGCGGUUCCAGGUGACCAUUAUGGCUGAGGAGAACUGCAAGUUCCUGUGCUGGUCGAGAGAGAGGCUCACUUACUUCCUUGAGUCCGACUCCUUCCUGAACGAGGUGUUCAGAUACCUUAUCGGCAAGGACAUAACAAACAAACUCUACUCACUGAAUGACCCCACACUUAGUGACAAGGCGGUGAAGAAGAUGGACCGGCAGCCUAGCCUGUGCUCCCAGCUGUCCAUGACCCAGAUGAGGAACAGCAUGGCCAGCACUGGUGACACCGAUGACGUCCUGCACCAGAUCCUGAGAGGAGGCUCCGCCGGCUCUUCACUACAGAAAUCUCCAAUGCCGAAAGCCACCGCGAUGAAGCCUAUUGAGGAAGCCAUGGAGGACGACGACGUGUUUGAGUCUGACUCCCCCUCCAGAACAGACCGUGUCCCCAGUACCUCCCACCAGGAGGCGUGAUGAGUAGUGAUGUCAUAAUGAUACCCCCCACCAACCCCACCUCUUCUCAGCCUGAGAGCGAGGAACAUCAGAGAUCGCUCACCCUCUUAAAACCAGCAUGUGUGGGAAAGUGCUUUAUGCUGACGGAGGACACACAAAUGGUUUCUUAUUUCUUUAGCUGUUAUGUGUGAAGAUGUGAUGUGUUUUUUUUUUUUUUUUUUUUUU